ACUGUGGUGAUAAAAGUGUUGUAUUGCUUAAAGAACUUUUUUUUAAUUAAGUGAGAUUAUUUAUUAUGCUAUAAAAAUUAUUAAAUAAAAAAAAUAUAUUAUGUUACAUACAAUAGUGAUUUUUUGUGUUACUUUAUUUGCUUACGCUGAAGAAAUUAGUCCUGGUCGUUGUCCACAUAUAAUGUUAGAUACUAAGUUAAAUUUAUUGAAGUAUCAAGGACAGUGGCAUGAGUACAAAAGAAGCACUAAUAUUUGGAGUAAUACGGAGAAAUGUACAUCAAUGACAUACAAAAAAAUUGGAAACCGAUGGACGGUCAUAUUUGCAGGGAUUUCAUUAGUACCUGGUUAUACUGGCUCCCAUUCAACAACAUUUUCCGAUGUAUCGCUCAUUGGCAAUAGUAAAAUUGGAGUGACUAAUUACCAAGCCAUUUUAGGCCUGGGUUAUAGCGAGUAUUAUAUUCUUGAAACGGACAACGAAAACUAUUCGAUUGUUUGGAGUUGCGUGAACAAAGGAACUGGACACAAGAGAAAUGCCUGGAUUCUUAGUAGAAAGAGACGCCCAACCAUAGAUAUUGACAAAAUAGCCAGGAUAACAUUUGCGAAACAUUGUAUUGAAAUACCAGCAAUGUCUAAAGUUAAUCUCGAUGAUUGCUAACAAAGUUUAUUAAUUAUAGUUAUAAAUUUUUUUUUUUUUUUUUUAAUAGAUUUAUU